AUGGCGGAUGAGGAGCCCAGCAGCGCGCCCGCAGCACCCACACAGGCAGCAGCGCCCUCCCCGGAGCAGCCGCCCGUAGAAAGUCCACCGCAGCAUUCACCCAGUCCCAGCGCAGGCGCAGAGCAGCCAGCAGCUGUGGCGCCACAGCCCGAGCGCAAUGUGAGUCCUUCUGCGUCCGAUGCAAAGGCGCAAGGAACGCCCCAUGAACGCAUGGGAUCGCUAGUUGUGCGGCCGGUGGCGCAGCGGCUGAGCGGCGGCGGCCCGGAAGCUUCCUCCGGUCCACUGAGCCCCUCCAGCAGCCUGGCCGAGCCGGGCAGCGGCGGCCAGCCCAUCGGCUGGGCCCCCCGCAAGAGCGCCUGGUCCCUCUACCGGCCCACCGCUGGCUCCCUGCCGCUGCCGCAAGUCCCCCGGCCCGGGAACGACCCCGCGCCAGAGCCGGCCACCGCCCCCCCGGCCGCCGCGGUCGCGGCCGGCGGCGCCGGGGGAUCUUCCCCGAAGCCGACGCAGCCGCCGCCGGCAAGCCUGCCUGCGCAGAACAGCCUGGAGAUGCUGCACGACGCGGCGGUGAGCGCGGCCGAGGGGUUCCGCGCGCCCCGGCAGGAGUCGCCCGGGGCGCGCGCGGAAGCUACGCCGCCUGAGGAAGAAGCUGCGCCGCGCGGCGAGGCCGACCCUGAAGAGCAGGAUCCGGACCACCGCUUCUUCACAGGCACGCGCACUCUUUUUUCUUUUUGCUGUUGCAGCGCUGGGAAUGCAGCGGGACAGCAGUCGAAGGACGCAAUGGAGACACUGCAGGCGGCCGCCAGCGAGCUCUUCCGGCGCUUCAAUGAGUCCCAGGCGGGAGAGGGCACCAAUCAGCGUCAGGCUUCAACCAGUGCAGCUGCUGCAGAGGCGGCACCUUUGGGCUUUGGGUCGCGGCUUCCCUCAAUGGCGGGCAGCUCCCCGACAGCUGCCGGCAGCUUCCUGGAAGCUGCGCGCGCAGCCGGCGCAGCUGCCGCGCAGUCAAACCCCUUCACCUGGAUCCAGCCGCAGCUUCCCCUGCCUGCCUCGUCCUCUGCUGAGCAGCAACCCCCUGCAUGCCAAGCAGCUUCCGCUUCUGCAGGCGCAGCAGGAUCUGAGCGGACCGGUGAGCGGAUGUCCAAGGGGUGGGCUGAGGCUGCAGCUACACUCCUGGGGCCGGUGGCGCAGCGGAUGUCCCUCACUAGCGCCUUCUCAGAAGCCCUGGCUUCGCGCGGAGGUCAGCUGCAGAGCAUGGCGGUACCGCAGUCGCAGGCGGCCGGGCCGUCGCUGGCGCCACGUCAGCACAGCGCGCAGGCUGACUGGACAACUGCCCGGCUGGGCAGCGCGGGCAGCGAACCAUCCUUCUCCCUCCCCCUCACCGCCUGGCGCCUCAGCUCCGGCCCCGAAGGCUUGAAGCUGACCGGCUCGCUGCCGAUAUCGGGGGGCGCGGAUGUGUUCAAGGCGCCGGGUCCGCUGUCGGUACGCGCUGGCACACACAACCAGUCCAGCCUGAUCAUGCCGGGCACCCCGUCCAUCUCCAACAUGCCCUCCCGCUCAUCCCUCUCUCCACCUCUCUCCCCCCAGCAUAACCAGGACUCCGGCCUGAGCCCAUUGGCGCGCCAGCUGGAGGUGUGCCUUGCGCGGCAGGUGCAGCUGCAGAACGCCAAACGCAACGCGCCGGCCGCCGCAUUUAUGACCGAGGAUCCAUCCAGCGGCGUGCCCGUCAUCAAUCCGCGGCUGGCCGGCUUCUCUGGGCCGCCGCUGCCGUGGCCGCAUGCGAGCCAGCACUCGCUGGACUCGCAGAUCAGCCGGACGCAGAUCGCGCAGCGCGUCAUCGACCGAGCCGACUUCUUCAAGGUCCCCGGAAACCUUGCCAGCUUCCUGAAGCAGGCGAGCCUCGACACCGCCAUGGCCGCUCUGCAGCAGCGGGAGGCAACGCCUCCGACGCCGCACGCACGCCAGCUUCCCUCCGGGGCCGGAGCCAUCUGGCCGUUCGGCGGGGGGAUGGUCCCCCCCUUCGGUGGUGGCCGGCCGGGGGGCGCGCCGCCCCCCGUGCAGCUGGACAGCCCACCACAGCGCCUCGGCACGCUCACCCUUCAGUCACCCCUGAUCAGGUCCCAGUUGGGCAGCCUGGCCGCGGAGAUGCCAGCGCAGCAGCGGCUACAGGCGUCGCAGCAGGUCUUUGGUGACUACGGUGCGGCCGGUUCUCCGCCGAUGGGCGAUGCUGCGCUGGCCGACAGCCUGUACGCCAGCGUGGCGCGCCAGCUGCAGUCCGGCGCAGGACCAGCGGCAUUCCCUCAGGCGCAGCACCAGAGCCUGCAGGCGGCCGCGGAGGAGGCGGCUGCGGCCGGCAGCGGCUUCUACCGGAUGGACAGCGGGGCGGCAUUGGCCGCGCACGGGCUGGGCGCAGGGAACCUCUACGGAGACCUGCAGCAGCAGGCCAACAUGCUCGAGCUGCUGGGCCUCCUGCGAGCGGGUCUAGCGGGGCAGGGGGCGGCGGCAGAUGCGCAGCCGGGGAGCGCCCCCAAGCGCAAGCGCCACCAAGGGAGCCCCGCGGCGGCGGGCGCCAGCCGCCGAGGUCGCGAGGGCAACGGCGAAGCUGAUGCCAGCGGCGCGCCGGCCGCCAAGCGCUCGGCCAACAACAAGUGCGAGGAGUGCGGCACCACCGAGACGCCCACUUGGCGCCGUUGGGGGCCAACGCUGCUCUGCAACGCCUGCGGCCUGCGCCGCAAGAAGAGCCCGCGCUCCGCGGCCGCGCGGCAGCUGCCGCUGGCGGCGGCUGCGCCCCCGGCCGGCUCCGGGCAGCCCACCUGGGUUGCCGUGCCCGAGCCGGGCAGCUCCGCCGGGCAGGCUGCCGCCUCUGCCGGCCUCGGCUCGCAGCAGCAGUAG